AUGUCAGACAACGGCUCCCCGAAGCAAGACGCUCCGUCCGAGCACCUGAACAUCAAGGUCACGGACAACAACAACGAGGUCUUCUUCAAGAUCAAGAGGACGACUCAGCUGAAAAAGCUCAUGGAUGCUUUCUGCGAGCGCCAGGGCAAGUCCCCGGCCAGCGUCCGCUUUCUCUUCGACGGCCAGCGCGUCAACGCGACGGACAACCCCGAAACCCUCGAAAUGCAAGAUGGCGACACUCUCGAGGUGCACCAAGAACAAAUCGGAGGUGCCUGCUGA